AAUUUUGACAGUGAGACAAUACCUGUGAUGAUACAAUCAUAUAUGGACUGGGGGAAGAAACUGCAGCAAAAGGUAGGGCUUUCCAAGUCAACAGCUAUUCGUAAAGUCAAGCAGUGGAAUCAAAUGACAAGCGAAAUAGCUGAAAAAGGGUUCCCUGAUUCUAUCGCAAUCGAAGAAGGAAAGGGACGACCCACAAUACUCAAAGACAAACAUACUGUAUUUAUCUUUGAGCUGCUGGCUAAUGAGUCAACAUUGACAGUUGAAGCUGUUACAGACCACCUGUCAAAAAGAAUUUAGAGAUAUACAGAUUACCCUCAGAUCAGUGGAAAAUCACAUGAAGGAGAAAUGUUGCCUAACCUACAAGCGUAUCAUUCCUAGAUAUUAUGGUAGGAACACCGGCAGAAUGAAAAAAAAAAAUCUCUAAUCGUAUUCGCAACACAGCAUUUCACAUCAGCAGAGAAGAUUGCGAGAAUUGGAUAAAGCAUUCUUUGACGUUCUGGCAGAGAUAUUUGAGCUGUG